CCUAAUAAUAUCGCUAGGAGAUUUGAUGUUCUCUUCAGGCAAAGUUUCCCAUUGUCUCUUUUUGGUAAUUUGCCAGAACAUGUGAAAAGCUUCCAAAAGGGGCUGUGGAACUGGAAACAUUGGGCAGAAAUGCACUCUUUUCCCUUUUUCUCUUGGCUACUAUUUCCGGUUCAGGAGCCCUUCAUGGAGGUGGCCAUUGAACACUCUGAAGCAUGGGGGGAUGUGCUGUACCCCACUCAGGAGCUGGACUUGGGGGGGAACUCCCAGGAAGAUCCAUCUAAGAACACCUCAUCAGAGAAUGGAAUGUCAUUGAUGGCACCUGUGGAAAUAUCUCUUCUAUAUGGUGAAGCAGAAACAGUAGUUAUACUUCCAGCUGAGGUUCCCCUGUCUUUUGAUGAUGUAGCUGUAUUUUUCUCUGGGGAGGAAUGGGCUCUGCUGGAUUUCAACCAAAAAAACCUAUACAGGGAAGUCAUGCUGGAAAAUGCUGGAAAUCUGGCCUCCUUGGGUGAUGGAUGGGAGCAUGAGAAUUAUAAAGAGACAGCUUUCCAAACAGUCAAAACUGAAACUGGAGAAGAGUUGUUUCAAAAUCAGCAGGGACCACAAUGGCCUGAGGAAAACCGGUUAAAUUGUGAGCUGCAAAAAUCCUCUACUUCUCAAGAUUCAGAUGGCCAUGUUUUUCUGACCCAAGAUCAAAGAGAAAAAGGAAUGUGUUUCCAGUUUGGAGAAAUAGUUAGAGAGGAAUCAGAGUUAUGUGAACAUACCAGAAUUCAUAUGAAAGAGAGACAAGAUGAAUGUAGGGAAGAUGGAAAAACCUGCAAGUGGAACAUCCCUCUUACUUUGCAUCAAAGCAUCCAUAUGGAAGGAAAACCAUAUAAAUGCAUGGAGUGUGGCAACAGCUUCAACAAUAGCAGUCAUUUUAUUUCCCACAAAAGGAUCCACUCGGGUGAGAAACCAUAUAAAUGCCUGGAGUGUGGAAAAAGCUUCAGUGAAAAUAGUUCCCUUACUUCCCAUAAAAGGACCCACUCAGGUGAGAAACCAUAUAAAUGUGUGGAAUGUGGAAAGAGCUUCAGUCAGAGUGGGCAGCUUACUUCCCAUAAAAGGAUUCAUACUGGAGAAAAGCCAUAUAAAUGCACAGAAUGUGGAAAGAACUUCAGUCAGAAUGGUCAGCUUACUUCGCAUAAAAGGAUCCACUCUGGAGAGAAACCCUAUAAAUGCAUGGAGUGUGGAAAGAGCUUCAGUCAGAGUGGUCACCUUACUUUCCAUAAAAGGAUUCACACUGGAGAGAAACCAUAUCAAUGUAUGGAGUGUGGAAAGAGUUUCACUAUAAGCAGUCACCUUACUUCCCAUAAAAGGAUCCACACAGGGGAGAAACCAUAUAAAUGCACAGAGUGUGGGAAGACCUGCAGUACCAACAGUGAUCUUACUUUGCAUAAAAGGAUCCAUUCAGGGGAGAAACCCUAUAAAUGCAUGGAGUGUGGAAAGGACUUCAGUCAGAGAAGUAACCUUAUUUCCCAUAAAAGUAUACACUCGGGGGAGAAACCCUAUAAAUGUAUGGAGUGUGGAAAGAGCUUCAAUCAGCGGAGUAACCUUAUUUCCCAUAAAAGGAUCCACUCAGGAGAGAAACCCUAUAAAUGCAUGGAGUGUGGAAAGAGCUUUACUUGGAACUGUCAACUUACUUCCCAUAAAAAGAUCCACACAGGGGAGAACCCUUAUAAAUGCACCGAGUGUGGAAAGAGCUUCAGUGGCUUGAGAUCCUUUACUUCUCAUAAAAGGAUCCAUUCAGGGAAGAAACCAUACCAAUGCAUGGAGUGUGGAAAGAACUUCAUUGUAAGUAGUCACCUUACUUCCCAUAAAAGGAUUCACACUGGAGAGAAACCAUAUAAAUGCAUGGAGUGUGGAAAGAGUUUCAGACAGAGUGGCCAGCUUACUUCCCAUAAAAGAAUCCACACAGGAGAGAAACCAUAUAAAUGUACAGUGUGUGGAGAGAACUUCAGUGGAUUGAGUUCUUUUUCUUCCCAUAAACGGGUUCACACAGGGGAGAAACCAUAUAAAUGUAUGGAGUGUGGAAAAAGCUUCAGUAUGAGCAGUUCCCUUACUUCUCAUAAAAGGAUCCACUCAGGAGAAAAACCAUACAAAUGCAUGGAAUGUGGAAAGGCUUUCAGCAUGAGCAGUUCUCUUACUUCCCAUAAAAGGAUUCACUCAGGUGAGAAACCAUACAAAUGUAUUGAUUGUGGAAAGACCUUUAGUCAGAGCAGUAACCUGAUUUCCCAUAAAAGGAUCCACACAGGGGAGAAACCAUAUACAUGCGUGGAGUGUGGAAAAAGUUUCAGGUGGAGAAUCCGCCUUACUUUCCAUGAAAGAAUUCAUACGGGGGAGAAACCAUAUAAAUGCAUGGAGUGUGGAAAGAACUUCAGCAUGAGCAGUUCCCUUUCUUCUCAUAAAAGUAUCCACUCUGGGGAGAAACCAUAUAAAUGUACAGAGUGUGGAAAGAGUUUCAGUAUGCGGAGUUCCCUUACUUCCCAUAAAAGGAUCCACUCAGGGGAGAAACCCUAUAAAUGCAUGGAGUGUGGGAAAGGAUUCUGUACCAGCGGUCACCUUACUUCCCAUAAGCGGAUCCACUCAGGGGAGAAACCGUAUCAAUGUUUGGAAUGUGGAAAGAACUUCAGCAUGAGAAGUUCCCUUACUUCCCAUAAAAGCAUCCACUCAGGAGUGAAACCAUAUACAUGCAUGGAGUGUGGGAAGAGCUUCAGUACUAGGAGUUCACUUACUUCCCAUAAUAGAAUCCAUACAGGGGAGAAACCUUAUCAGUGCCUGGAAUGUGGAAAGAGUUGCUGUACGAGCAGUGACCUUACAUCUCAUAAAAGGAUCCACUCAGGGGAGAAGCCAUAUGAAUGCAUGGAGUGUGGAAAAACCUUCAGUAUGAGCAGUUCCCUAACUUGUCAUAAACGAAUACAUACAGGGGAAAAACCAUACAAAUGCUCUGAGUGUGGAAAGAGCUUCAACAGAAGCAGUCAUUACACUUCGCAUAAAAGGAUCCAUUCAGGUGAGAAACCGUACAAAUGUAUAGAUUGUGGAAAAUGCUUUGCUCAGAGCAAUCAACUUACUUCCCAUAAAAGGAUCCACACAGGAGAGAAACCAUAUAAAUGCAUGGAAUGUGGAAAGUGUUGCAACACCAGCAGUGAUCUUACUUCCCAUAAAAGGAUCCAUUCAGGGGAGAAACCAUAUAAAUGCCUGGAGUGUGGAAAAACCUUCCGUAUCAGCUCUUCCCUUACUUGCCAUAGAAGGAUCCAUACAGGGGAGAAACCUUAUCAGUGCUCGGAAUGUGGAAAGCGGUUCAUAAUGAGCUCUUCCCUUACUUGCCAUAAAAGGACCCACACAGGGGAGAAACCAUACAAAUGUUUAGAGUGUGGAAGGAGUUUCAGUCAGAAUGGUCACCUUACUUCUCAUAAGAGGAUCCACAUAGGGGAAAAAGCAUAUAAAUGCAUGGAGUGUGGAAAAAGCUUCAGCAAGAACAGUAAUCUAAAUGCCCAUAAAAGGAUCCACACAGUGGAAAAACCAUAUAAAUGCAUGGAGUGUGGAAAGAGCUUCCGCAGGAAUAAUAAUCUUACUUCCCAUAAAAGGAUCCAUUCUGGAGAAAAACCAUAUAAAUGCAUGGAGUGUGGAAAAACCUUCCGCAAGAACAGUCACCUUACUUCUCAUAAAACAAUCCACACUGGGUUGAAGCCAUAUAAGUGCAUAGAAUGUGGAAAGAGCUUCAGUAUGAACAGUUACCUUACUUCCCAUAAAAGGAUCCACACCGGGGAAAAGCCGUAUAAAUGCAUGGAGUGUGGGAAGAGCUUCAAUGGCUUGACUUCCUUUACCACUCAUAAAAGACUCCAUUCGGGCGAAAAGCCAUAUAAAUGCAUGGAAUGUGGAAAGAGUUGCAACACCAGCAGUGAUCUUACUUACCAUAGGAGGAUCCAUUCAGGGGAGAAACCAUAUAAAUGCCUGGAGUGUGGAAAAACCUUCCGUAUCAGCUCUUCCCUUACUUGCCAUAGAAGGAUCCAUACAGGGGAGAAACCUUAUCAGUGCUCAGAAUGUGGAAAGCGGUUCAUAAUGAGCUCUUCCCUUACUUGCCAUAAAAGGACCCACACAGGGGAGAAACCCUACAAAUGUUUAGAGUGUGGAAGGAGUUUCAGUCAGAAUGGUCACCUUACUUCUCAUAAGAGGAUCCACAUAGGGGAAAAAGCAUAUUCAAGCAUUUAGUAGUGAAAGAUCUUCAGUGACUCCAGUUCCCUUACAUCCAAUAAAAGGCUCACAGGUAAGAUGCA